AGAGAGAGAGGCGCCAUAAGAGCAAGGACGGAGCUAGAGAGAGAAGUGGAUGAACAACCCAGGGAUCAAGCUUUGUGCCUGGUUUCCUUUGGCGGAUUUCUGAAUGAUGUUAGUUUUUUUGUGAACUUGGAACAAGUACUUGAACAUGGUCAAGUGCUCCUAGUUCAACAAUGAAGCGUCACGUCUACAUCAACGAUGAUGAAUCUUUGCGUGAUCUAUACUGCGCCAAUCGAAUAUCGAACACGAAAUAUAAUGUGUUUAACUUCCUCCCUAAAAAUUUAUGGGAACAGUUCAGCCGCUUCAUGAACCAGUACUUUUUGUUAAUAGCUUGCCUUCAGUUAUGGUCUCUUAUUACUCCAGUAAAUCCUGCUAGUACAUGGGGUCCACUUAUUUUCAUUUUCGCGGUCUCUGCAACAAAGGAGGCAUGGGAUGACUACCAUAGAUAUCUUUCAGACAAGAAAGCAAAUGAGAAAGAAGUUUGGGUUGUGAGGCAGGGCAUAAAAACACAUAUUCAAGCACAGGACAUUCGUGUAGGUAAUAUAGUGUGGCUCCGGGAGAAUGAUGAAGUGCCGUGUGAUCUUAUUUUGAUUGGGACUUCCGAUCCACAAGGCCUGUGCUAUGUCGAGACCGCUGCUCUAGAUGGUGAAACUGAUCUAAAGACUAGGGUCAUUCCCUCAGCUUGCAUGGGGAUUGACCUUGAACUCUUGCACAAAAUCAAGGGUGUGAUUGAGUGCCCAGUUCCUGACAGGGACAUUAGAAGAUUUGAUGCAAAUUUGAGGUUGUUUCCUCCAUUUAUUGAUAAUGAUCUGUGCUCAUUGACCAUUAAAAACACAAUUCUUCAGUCUUGUUACUUGCGGAAUACAGAGUGGGCAUGCGGAGUAGCUGUUUAUACAGGUAAUGAAACCAAGCUGGGUAUGAGUAGGGGUAUACCUGAACCAAAGCUUACAGCUGUGGAUGCCAUGAUAGACAAGUUGACUGGAGCUAUAUUUGUAUUCCAAAUUGUGGUCGUUAUGGUUCUAGGAGUCGCUGGUAAUGUAUGGAAGGAUACAGAAGCAAGGAAGCAAUGGUAUGUCCAGUAUCCCGAGGAAGGUCCGUGGUAUGAACUGUUGGUUAUCCCUCUUCGGUUUGAACUGCUUUGUUCCAUCAUGAUACCCAUAUCAAUUAAGGUCUCCCUUGAUCUUGUGAAGGGAUUAUACGCAAAGUUCAUUGAGUGGGAUUAUAAAAUGAUUGACCAUGAAACGGGUACUCCAGCCCAUGCAACAAAUACAGCAAUUAGCGAGGACCUGGGACAAGUGGAGUACAUUUUGACUGACAAAACUGGUACCCUAACUGAAAAUAGGAUGAUUUUUAGAAGGUGUUGUAUCAAUGGCAUUUUCUAUGGAAAUGAGACAGGAGAUGCCUUGAAAGAUGCAAGGCUGCUCAAUGCUGUUUCCAGUGGCUCUCCCGGUGUAAUACGUUUCCUUACAGUUAUGGCAAUAUGUAAUACAGUAAUACCUGUUCAAAGCAAAAGCUGCGAUAUCGUGUACAAGGCUCAGUCCCAGGAUGAGGAUGCACUUGUUCACGCUGCUGCACAGCUGCAUAUGGUUUUCUUCAAUAAAAGUGGAAAUAUUCUUGAGAUAAAGUUCAAUGCUUCUAUAAUUCAAUACGAGGUUUUGGAAAUUCUGGAGUUCACUUCCGAUAGGAAAAGAAUGUCAGUUGUUGUAAAGGAUUGCCAGAAUGGAAAGAUUAUCCUUUUGUCAAAGGGUGCAGAUGAAGCAAUUCUUCCUUAUGCCUGUGCCGGACAACAAACAAGGACAUUUAUUGAAGCUGUUGAACAAUAUGCUCAAUUGGGUCUACGAACGCUUUGCCUUGCUUGGCGUGAAUUGGAGGAAGAUGAGUAUCAGGAAUGGUCUUUGAUGUUCAAAGAGGCCAGUAGCACAUUAGUUGAUCGAGAGUGGAGACUAGCUGAGGUCUGUCAAAGAUUAGAACGUGAUCUUGAGGUCCUUGGAGUUACUGCAAUAGAAGAUCGUUUACAGGAUGGCGUACCAGAAACGAUUGAGACACUAAGAAAAGCAGGAAUCAAUUUUUGGAUGCUUACUGGUGACAAGCAGAAUACAGCAAUACAGAUAGCUCUUUCUUGCAAUUUUAUUUCACCAGAGCCAAAAGGACAACUUUUGUUGAUUGAUGGCAAAACUGAAGAUGAAGUUCGUACAAGUUUAGAGAGAGUUUUACUUACAAUGAGGAUUACCACUUCAGAGCCUAAGGAUGUGGCAUUUGUUGUUGAUGGCUGGGCUCUUGAAAUUGCACUUAAGCAUUAUCGAAAAACUUUUACUGAGUUAGCAAUAUUGUCAAGGACUGCUAUAUGCUGUCGAGUAACACCAUCCCAGAAAGCACAGCUUGUGGAGAUCUUAAAAUCAUGUGAUUAUAGAACAUUGGCCAUUGGGGAUGGUGGGAAUGAUGUGAGGAUGAUACAACAAGCCGACAUUGGAGUCGGCAUCAGCGGGAGAGAGGGACUGCAGGCUGCAAGGGCUGCUGAUUAUAGUAUUGGGAAAUUUAGGUUUUUGAAAAGAUUAAUACUUGUUCAUGGACGUUACUCUUACAACCGCACAGCAUUUCUAUCUCAGUACUCAUUUUACAAGUCCCUGGUCAUAUGCUUCAUCCAAAUCUUUUUCUCUUUCAUUUCAGGUGUCUCGGGUACUAGUCUCUUCAAUUCUGUUAGCUUGAUGGCUUAUAAUGUUUUCUACACAAGCGUUCCUGUUCUAGUCAGUGUCCUUGAUAAAGAUCUUAGUGAAGAAACAGUGAUGCAGCAUCCGCAAAUUUUGUUUUAUUGUCAAGCGGGAAGGCUUUUGAAUCCUAGUACGUUUGCUGGUUGGUUCGGGCGAUCCCUUUUCCAUGCAAUUGUUGUAUUCAUUAUCAGCAUUCAUGCAUAUGCUUAUGAAAAAAGUGAAAUGGAGGAGGUCUCGUUGGUCGCGCUCUCUGGAUGUAUUUGGUUGCAGGCUUUUGUUAUGACAUUGGAGACGAAUUCUUUUACUGUACUACAACAUCUUGCAAUAUGGGGGAAUUUGAUUGCGUUCUACAUCCUCAACUGGAUCUUCAGUGCUAUUCCAUCUUCAGGGAUGUAUACAAUUAUGUUUCGCUUGUGUAGACAACCAUCUUAUUGGAUAACUGUGUUUCUCAUAGUUGUGGCCGGGAUGGGUCCAAUUCUUGCUCUAAAGUUCUUCCGGUACACGUAUAGACCAAGCAAAAUCAACACACUUCAGCAGGCUGAACGUCUGGGAGGGCCUAUCCUGUCACUAGGGAACAUUGAGCCGCAAGCGAGAUCGAUAGAGAAAGAUGUUUCUCCAUUGUCCAUAACUCAACCCAAGAACCGAAAUCCAGUUUUUGAACCCUUGUUGUCAGAUUCACCAAAUGCCAUUCGAAGAUCUUUUGGAGCCGGAACUCCUUUUGAUUUUUUGCAGCCACAGUCCAGAUUGUCUUCUUCCAGCUACUCAAGAAAUUGCAAGGACAACUGAGCUAUAUUCGAAACAGAUUAUAGAUGGAAGAAUUCAAUUCUGCUGUGAUUUUUGUCUGAUGUAAAUCAGCACUGUAUUUAGUAACAUGUAGUUUAUUGGAGUUGCUAAUUAAUCAAUCUUCAUAAUUGAAUAAUUCUUUUUCUUGAUUCAGCAUAAAUGUUAAUUUU